UCUUGAAUCUCCCUCUCACUUUCUCCAUUGCCAUUAUCUUUAGUCAAGUAUAGACAGAGGCGGAGCUACAAUAUUAGUUACGGGUUCGGUGCUGUAAUGGGGUCACCACAAGGCCUAGAGGAUGAAAAUGGUAGCAGCAGCAGCAUGCGCACGGCUGAGACAAUGCUGCGCUUACUGCCCAUGGCACUGUGUGUAGUGGCUCUUGUAAUCAUGCUCAAGAACUCCCAAACCAAUGACUUUGGUUCCCUUUCUUACUCUGACCUUGGAACCUUCAGGUACCUUGUACAUGCAAAUGGAAUUUGUGCAGCUUAUUCCCUUUUAUCAGCUAUAGUAUCAGCUGUUCCUCGUCCUACAACUAUGCCUAAAGCCUGGACGUUCUUCCUCCUUGAUCAGAUCUUGACGUAUGUAAUAUUAGCUGCUGGAGCUGCAUCAACAGAGGUGGUAUAUUUGGCGUAUAAAGGCGACACGGCUGUUACAUGGAGUGAAACAUGCGGUUUAUUCGGAGGUUUCUGCAGAAAGGCAACAGAAUCUGUGGCCAUUACAUUCAUUGUAGGCCUUUGUUAUGUAGGGAUUUCUCUGCUUUCCUCUUACAGACUUUUCAGCAAAUAUGAUGCACCAAUUGGGGACUAUAAGAACAAGGGAGGAAUUGAAAUGGCUACUUAUUGAGAUGAAUAUUGGAUUGUCUAUGUAUCAAGAUAUCCAUUGUAUUGAUAGCUAAAUGAGUACUGUCUCUAAUUUUUGGCUGCACUGUCCCAUGUAUACUGCAGAAUGAAAUAAAUAUUGACCUAAACGAGUUGCUUCACUU